AUGAAAUUUGUCGCAGUUUUCUUGGCAUUAAUGCUCCAUGAUCAGGUUCUUUGUGCGGACACGCCAAUCAAGUACACUUGUCGUGGGCAAUGGGACAAUAGCCUGCCCCAGGGCUUAUGUAUGCUAGACUCCGCAAAGGCUGAACAGAGUAUCAAUCGGGUCAUGGUUUGGGUGAAAGACCAAAUUGUUGUGGACCAGGCGGCCGGGAUAUUCAAAUGCGACUAUCCAAUCAAUCCGGAUGAGGGAAAGAUCCGGGGCUGGUGCACCAACAAUGUGGUCUUGGACCCAAACACCCCAAAUGGAAUGACCCCCGAUUCGGCAAAAUAUAUCGAUUAUGGAUUCGAUGCAGUUGUUGUAAAAUGA